GAAAUUCAAUUUGGACAUGUUGUAGUUUGGUCAGUUUGGACACAUUUUUUGUUGGCAUGUCCAUGAAAUCAAAACUUGUACAAGUCAAUGGCUACCCUUCUCAAUUCUCAUCCUCGACUAAAACUGUCUGCAAACGUUAAAGUAGAGGUCUUUUCUUUCGUUUGUGCAUCUAUGAAUGAUCACCUCCAAAAAAACUAGCUCAUGGAAAAAUUUCCAUUUUGCAUUCUAUACCAGUAAGUUAACAAAAUAUACAUAGGAAUUUAAGAUUGCAUUUGCAUGCACCAUCACCUCUUUCUUGAUUUCUUUAAUCCCAAAUGACAACCCUCAAAAUCACCAAAAAACACCACAAACAUUUCAACAAUCCUUUUCCUUCCACACCUGCAUCUCUCCCUCUCAUCCAAGGGAACCUCUUGUUCAAUUCCCAAACAGUCCCUUCACACCAGCAUUUCUCAAUUGGCACUGAUUUUCAGCUCUCUUGGAGCUCCAACAAUGGUGGGUCUCUCUCAAUUUAUCACCAAUCGCAGCCCAAAAGAGCCAUUUGGUCCACCAUUCCAGGACAAGCUUUUGUUUCCGCAGCAUUGGCAGAAACAGAGGUGGAGGAAAGCAGGGGUUCCUUUGUUGUGAAGGACAGAAAGCUUCAUUUGGUUUGCCAUCACCAAACCAUUCAGGAUAUAAGGGUGAUCGAUCAGUUUGAUCACUCUCUAGAGGCUCAAGAUCAAGAUUCUCCAUCUGGGUUUUUGGAUUUGGACCAGAAAACAGAUUCUAAAGGUACCCAAUUCCCUAUGGUGCUUGUAACUGGCUGGGUUUUCAACAUGAGAAGGAAGAAGAAGCAUUCUCAGAAAUAUGGAACUCUUGAAAAUGCACAAUUUGAGGGAAAGGGACCUUCUACUUGUGCAAGGUAUUGGGUUUUGUUUGAGCAGAAAAACAAUAAUCAAAUUGGAUUCCAAGUGAAGCUUGGGCAACCCAACUUUGAAUUCCGCACAAAAGCUUCUCCAGCUGCUUCAGGAAGAUACAAGGGUUUUAGGAGAAGGCUGGGACAGUUCCAGAAACGCAGGCUUAGGUGGUUUUGGUCCUCUGCAAGGCCAAGAGGGUUUGCGUUUGUUUCCUCAUCAGAGGAAGAGUUAGAGGAACUGAAGGCUGAAGAAUUCAAAGAAUUCAACAGGGUUUGCUUGACAUAUUCAAGUGAAGAAAAUGAGAGAUUUUAUGGUUUUGGGGAGCAAUUCUCUCACAUGGAUUUUAAAGGAAAAAGGGUACCCAUAUUGGUUCAGGAACAAGGUAUUGGGAGAGGGGAUCAACCUAUUACCUUUGCGGCUAACUUGAUCAGCUACAGGGCUGGGGGCGAUUGGAGUACGACCUACGCUCCUUCUCCAUUCUAUAUGACUUCAAAGAUGAGGUCUCUUUACCUCGAAGGAUAUGAUUAUUCCAUAUUUGAUCUAACAAAGCAAGAUAGAGUUCAGAUACAGAUACAUGGAAAUUCAGUUGAAGGGCGGAUAUUGCAUGGAACUUCACCAUCUGAGCUCAUUGAGUGUUUCACUGAGACCAUUGGGAGACCUCCUAAACUUCCUGACUGGAUUAUUUCUGGAGCUGUUGUUGGCAUGCAGGGUGGCACAGAAUCUGUACGCCAUAUUUGGAAUGAGCUCAAGACUUACAAUGCUCCUAUUUCAGCAUUUUGGUUGCAGGAUUGGGUAGGCCAGAGAGAGACAUUGGUUGGUUCACAACUGUGGUGGAAUUGGGAAGUAGAUUCAAUAAGGUAUACAGGAUGGCAACAACUAAUUAAAGAUCUUAGUGUCCAGCAUAUCAAAGUGAUGACGUACUGCAACCCAUGUCUAGCUCCGUGUCAUGAGAAGCCAAAUAGAAGAAGAAACCUCUUUGAGGAAGCAAAGAAGUUGGACAUUUUAGUGAAAGACAAGCUUGGAGAGCCAUACAUGGUUCCAAAUACAGCUUUUGAUGUAGGAAUGUUGGACUUGACACAUCCAGAUACUGCAAGUUGGUUCAAGCAGAUUCUUCAGGAAAUGGUGGAUGAUGGAGUCAGAGGAUGGAUGGCUGAUUUUGGUGAAGGCCUGCCUGUGGAUGCCACCCUCUAUUCAGGUGAAGAUCCUAUUUCAGCCCACAACAAAUACCCAGAGCUGUGGGCUCAAAUAAACAGAGAGUUUGUAGACGAAUGGAAAGCUAACCGCGUGGGUAAGGAGGAAGAAGACCCAGAGGAGGCCUUGGUAUUUUUUAUGAGGGCUGGUUUCAGAAAUAGUCCCAAAUGGGGGAUGCUAUUUUGGGAAGGAGACCAAAUGGUAAGUUGGCAGACUCAUGAUGGAAUAAAGAGUGCUGUUGUUGGUCUACUCAGCAGUGGAAUUUCUGGGUUUGCUUUUAAUCACAGUGAUAUUGGAGGGUACUGUGCUGUAAACUUACCGUUUAUUAAUUACCGAAGAAGUGAAGAGUUGCUUUUUCGAUGGAUGGAGAUAAAUGCGUUCACAACUGUUUUCCGGACACAUGAAGGAAACAAACCAUCUUGCAACAGCCAAUUCUACUCCAAUGACCGGACUCUAUCCCAUUUUGCACGCUUUGCUAAAAUCUAUAAAGCUUGGAAAUUCUACAGAGUCCAGCUUGUUCAGGAAGCCGCUCAAAAAGGUAUUCCUGUAUGCCGCCACCUAUUUCUGCAUUACCCAGAUGAUGAACAUGUGCACAGUUUGAGCUACCACCAGUUUUUGGUCGGUACUGAGAUUCUAGUGGUGCCCGUCCUAGACAAGGGCAAAAAUAACGUCAAGGCCUAUUUUCCAACAGGAGAAAGUUGUACUUGGCAACAUAUAUGGACUGGAAAACAUUUCAGAAAGCAGGGUGUUGAAGCCACAGUAGAAGCUCCAAUUGGCUGUCCUGCUGUAUUUGUUAAGACUGGCUCCAUUGUUGGAGAGACUUUUUUGAAAAAUCUUAUAGAUUUGAAGGUUCUUUAAGAAAGCAGUCCUCAAAGAGGUUUCAUUUCCCAAGGCACUUUUUAAUUCUAUGCAUCACAUUCUCCA